AUGGAAGAUGUUCGUAGAUACUUGCACAUCCAGGCGUUUGCCGGUCGAGAGUUCCUCGCGAGUGUGAUCUCAAAGGACUUGCCCGAGAUGGACGGACGGAGGUCUUCUGUGGUUAUCUCUUUGCCGAUUGAGGGCGAGAUGGUGUCAGAGUCGGAUGUUCGUGGGAAGUACAUAUCGGUUGAAUACAUAUGUGAGUUGGAGAGUGGGGAGGUGGAGAUUCUCACGGGGGUUUGUAGUGACGCCGGAGGAAGCAUUCCCCGAUGGGUUCAAAACAUGACCAUGCCCGGACAGAUAUUCAGCGAUGGCAAGAGGUUCGUCGAGUAUGUACGGAACCAGCCGGCCGCAAACGAGACCAUCAAUGGGAUCGGAGAGAAGAAGUGAGCGGACGCACAACAGCUCUAUAGAUAUGGGUGGAUUUUAGGAGUUAGAAGUAGACUAUUGUGUACGCUUUCUGCUUGGAUGGUAUUUGUUGUGCUGGUGUCAUAACUGGAUUCCUUAUGGGUUUGACCUCGGGAAUUAAUGAAACCAGACAUCACGCGCUGCGCUCUGCUUGUGCUCGAGUACAAGUACAGCAGAGUGCAGUGCUGUACGUACUGUACUAGUACUGUAUAGACUAUCUAUUGUAUGGUGA